UGUAAUAAACAAACAUAUGUGCUUUAUAUAGAAAACCCUUGGAGUCUACGCAGUCAGAGAAAGGGACUAGUUUAGUUUUGGACUCCUCCCUCCUCAUUGGAUCAAGAAAGUGAAAUGGGGUGGGCCAUUGCCUUACACGGCGGCGCCGGAGAUAUUCCGAUGGAUCUUCCAGCGGAACGGCGUCAGCCACGAGAAGAUGGGCUCCGGCGUGCCCUUGAAGUGGGUGUCUCUGCACUCAAGUCUCAAGCUUCUGCUCUGGAUGCUGUUGAACUCGUGGUACGUGAACUAGAAAAUAAUCCAAACUUUAAUGCCGGUAAAGGCUCUGUCCUUACCAGCAGCGGCAGUGUUGAAAUGGAAGCUUGUAUCAUGGAUGGUAGUACAAAGAAUUGCGGUGCUGUUUCUGGUCUUAGUACUGUUGUAAAUGCCAUAUCACUAGCAAGGUUGGUGAUGGAGAAAACUCCUCACAUAUAUCUAGGGUUUGACGGUGCAGAAGCAUUUGCAAGGGAACAAGGUGUUGAAACUGUUGAUCCAAGCCAUUUUAUUACCGUGGAAAACAUAGAGAGACUGAAUCAAGCAAAAGAUGCAAACAGGGUUCAGAUUGAUUACACACCACCCUUUCAAGCGGCGAAUACGAAAGACACUGCAGUUCCUGAAGGAGACCAAAUUGGAACAGUUGGAUGUGUGGCAGUUGAUAUUCAUGGAAACCUGGCCACUGCAACUUCAACUGGUGGAUUAGUCAAUAAGAUGGUAGGAAGAAUUGGUGAUACACCGAUAAUUGGUGCAGGAACAUAUGCAAACAGUUUCUGUGCCGUCUCUGCAACUGGCAAAGGUGAAGCAAUAAUACGUGGUACAGUUGCAAGAGACGUUGCUGCUCUUAUGGAGUACAAAAGUCUUUCUCUGAAGGACGCAGCAUCUCAAGUUGUAAAAUGCGCCCCAAAAGGCACUACUGGCUUAGUUGCUGUAUCAGCUGCAGGAGAAGUUAUUAUGCCAUUCAAUACAACAGGCAUGUUUAGAGCUUGUGCUACUGAAGAUGGAAACACAGAAGUUGCAAUAUGGCCUUCUCUGUGAUUGUUGAAUUUGUUCUUACUUUCUUUAGAAUAAAGUUCUUAGAAGUACUAAUGGGAAGUAGGAAAAUUUGGUUCAA